UCCAAGGAAAGGGGGUGUAAACAGCGGGAAAUCCGAAGAGAGCGGGGUUAGGGUUAUCUCGGCGGCUGCUGGCUGCUUUUGCAUCUUGGCAAAAUCGCCAAGACGCGGUCUCUUCACCAAAACAACAAACGCGUUUUGGAGAUAUUCGACGUUGGACACUCGCCCACGAUUCAACAACUCCUGGGUAAAAACACAAAAGGGAAUCGGUAUCUGAUACUAAUGGUGUCAAAGUUUUGUUUUGAGCACCAAAAUGGUCGAAACAAGGCGCCGCAGCGCUCGGAUCGCGGACGCAAAGUUUGAUCCCCUGGAGUACCACACUGCGCCAACGAAUGCCGACUCGGACCCAAACCCAGACUCAGACUCCUCCGCCCUUUCGGACAUUGACGAGAGUGAGUUUGACUCUGAUGCCAGACCGAGUAAACGCCGGAAGACUGCGAGCGGACAAGCAUCGCGAGCGGUUAGGAAGACGAGGAGCACGACCGUCAAGACGGUGACGACAAAGACGGUAACGACGAGGACAAAAGCAUCAGCGACUACCACCGCCAGGACCUCCACCUCAAUCACUGCCACUCUCACAACAACAACAAAAGCCAAACCCAAAUCAACAGCAGCCUCAAUCCAGGCCCUCAUCACUCAGCUCUUCGACGGCGCGCUCCCCCAAAAGCACGAACUCCCAUGCCUCCCAUCGAAUCCUCACUCAUUAACCUACCACAACCCCCUCCUUUUCUCCUCCUCCACUGCCCGCACAACCCGCGAUGCCCUCCUCACUUGGUUCGACUCCGUCUCUUCCGACCGGCAAAUGCCCUGGCGAAAACCAUGGAUCGAUACCACCUCCCUUCUCUCCUCCGCCUCCGCUUGUCCCCAAGAUCUGAGGGAAGCUGUGGCCCAGAGGGCCUACGAGGUGUUACUUUCCGAAACCAUGUUACAGCAGACUCGAGUGUCAACCGUCAUCCCGUACUACAACAAAUGGCUAGCCGCCCUGCCGACCAUGCAGUCCCUAGCAGCCGCCCAACCAGAGGAAGUCCUCUCCCUCUGGAAGGGCCUCGGCUAUUACUCGCGCGCCACCCGUCUUCAUUCGCUCGCUCAGCUGGUUUGUCCGCCUUGCUCGCAAGGCGGUUACGACGGGCUGCUCCCGCACACGGUAGCAAAACUGAUGCAACUUCCGGGAGUGGGGCGGUACACAGCCGGCGCCGUUGCGUCCAUUGUGUACGGCCGGGCGGAGCCGAUGGUCGAUGGGAACGUUAUCAGGGUGCUGGCGAGGCAGUUGGGGAUUAGAGGGGAUGUGAAGAGUAAGAAGGUACUGGAGGUUGUGUGGGAGGCUGCUAAGCACCUCGUUGAGGCUGCUGCUUGGGACGGGACCGAUGCUACUGACGAGGAGCGGAAGGGAAAGGAACCCCAGGUUAGCGAUAGGCCAGGCAGAUGGGGCCAGGGGUUGAUGGAACUUGGAGCUACCGUUUGUCUUCCAGGGCCGGCGAAGCCCAAGUGUGGAUUGUGUCCCAUCAAGGAGACUUGCAGGGCUUAUCAAGAGGGGGUGGAGAUUGCUACCCAGAAGGGACUGCUUCCGGGGAGGAAAGUGACGGAGACAAAGAAGGGAAUGGGAGCUGGGGAGAUGGUGGACAUUGAAGAUUCAUGCACUCUCUGUCCACCACCCGAAGCCGAAGAUCUUGAAAAGUCUGCAGCGGAGGAUAAACCUGACGAGAAGAAGGGGAAAAAGAAAGGCGGUGUGUCCGCGUUCUUUGACAAGUUCAAAGGCCCUGGCACUCACCGCAAGAAAGAGGUGGAAGAUGACUCCGACUCAACGGGGCCAUCCUUGGCCGCCAUGGAAGUCAUCACCUCUCACUGCUCCAAAUAUCCAUACACAAAGCCGAAGACGAAGAAGCUGCGCGAGGAAGAGUGUCUUGUGGUAUCAAUCCGCCGCCAGUCCGACGGGUGCUACCUGAUUCACAAGCGGCCGGCUAAGGGUCUUCUGGCUGGCAUGUGGGAACUUCCCAGCCAUACCUUGCCUGCUGAUUCGACAUGGAACGAUGAGCCUAGUACGAAGAAAAUGAAUAAGGUGCGGAUGGUUUUGAAGGAGGUGUUGAAGGAGAUGGGAGUGAGACAGUGGAGGGUGAGGUACUGGGAAAAGGAAGACGAAGAAUUGGGGACGGUGCCGUGGACGUUUUCGCAUUUCAAGUUGAUGAUGCAUGUUUGGGCCGUUGACUUGGUGGAGGGGGGCGAUGUCGGGGGUGAGAGAGGGGGGGGUGAUGCGAAGAUGAAGCGGUGGGCCACGGUAGAGGAGAUCGAGGGUGAAAACAUGGGGACGGGGAUGAAGAAGUGUUGGGAAUUGGUGAAGGGGAGUAGAGACUUGGCCGGGGGUUCAGGAUAG